GAACGGCUACGUGCAGUGGGCAUCCGCAAAAACACCAAGGAAGUGAAGAAAAAUAUACAGAACAUGGGCAACAAGUACAGGCUACUGACCAGGACUGGGACCAAGACUGGGUCUGGGGGAAUACCGCGGAAGUUUUAUUGGGACCUCCACCGUUUUCUUGGCUCCCUUCCAGCAAAUGAUUCCAGCCUGAGGGAAGAAAGUGGCUGUAGUGCCAUUGAUGGUGCCUCUCCAGAGGAGCACUUCAAUGGCAUGGUGCACGGCGGAGUGGGCGAGUUACAGGAACUUGGAACAGAUUCACAGCUUCCUGAAGGAAGCUUAGACUCUUGUGAGUCGCAAGCCUCCCCACUGGAGUCCGCUGCUGAAAUAGUGCCUGAAGCUCCAACAACAACAGCUGCGGAGAAGAAAAGGCUGGCUGCUCCUGCAAAACUUCUGUCACAAUUGCUAGAUGAGCAACGUCAACUUCGCUGCUCAAUGGAGCGCCACAAAAGCGAAACUCUCGCUAUGCAGAGGGAGCGCCUCGAAAUAUUGAAGCGCAACGAAAUUCGGGAUGAAAAGCUGCUGGACAUCCUGCAGAAGAUGUACAAAGACAAAUAAAUUAUGCCUGACAUGA